GCGCGCGCGUGCAGCGGCGGAGCGGGUUCUGCGGCGCGGGGAGCUGCGAGCGCCCCCUUCCCGGAGGUCUCGGCGCGGACUCCCGGGCCUGCACAAGACAGGUUGAACUUCUCCAGGGGAAGACCUCCCUCUCAAUUCACUUUUGUGGUUCUAUGAUUAUCUGCCUAUUGUUGGUGACUGAAAAGUUUAAGGGCCAACCCUGAGGUGAAGCUGUUCCUGGCAUGCUUUAGGAUUCUUUCUUCUGGAUUUUAAAGUUUUUUUUAAUAAAUAAAUACAUAAAUAAAUAACAUCGGACGGAUAAAAGAUGUGCCAUGGCAGGAUAGCACCAAAGAGCAGCUCAGCGUUUGUUGUGACCUCCGUGGGGCAUGGAGUGUUCCUUCAGCUGGUGAUCCUUAGCACUCUGUUUGGAGAUGGAUUAACCUCUGUGUGCCCUCUGCCCCCAGAGCCAGAGAAUGGCGGCUACAUUUGCCACCCCCGGCCCUGCAAAGACCCCCUGACGGCAGGCAGUGUCAUCGAGUACCUGUGUGCAGAAGGCUACAUGCUGAAGGGCGACUACAAAUACCUGACCUGCAAGGAUGGCGAGUGGAGGCCGGCCAUGGAGGUCAGCUGCCAUCUCAAUGAAGACAAAGAAACGCACACGUCACUCGGGGUCCCUGCGCUGUCCAUAGUGGCUUCCACUGCCAGCUCUGUAGCACUCAUUCUUCUCCUCGUGGUGCUGUUUGUACUGCUGCAGCCAAAGCUGAAGUCUUUCCAUCAUAGCAGGCGUGACCAGGGGGUUUCUGGGGACCAGGUCUCCAUCAUGGUGGAUGGGGUCCAGGUUGCACUACCUUCAUACGAGGAAGCUGUGUAUGGCAGUUCUGGCCACUGCAUGCCACCGGCUGACCCCAGAGUACAGAUUGUUUUGUCGGAAGGGUCUGCGCCUCCUGGGAGGAACAUGCCAAGGGAGCCACAGAUGCAGGGCCAGGGGGCCUGCUCCUCUGCAGGUGGAGAGGAGGAGGCCCCGGGCCAUUCUGGGCUGUGUGAAGCCUGGGGUUCCCAGGGCUCAGAGACUGUGAUGGUGCACCAGGCAACCACCUCUUCCUGGGUGGCCGGCUCCGGGAGCAGCCAGCUGACACACAAAGACACCGCAGACUCGGAGAGCAGUGACAUACAAAGCCUUUUAUCCCUCACCUCAGAGGAGUACCCAGAUGAUAUCCCCCUGUUGAAAGAAGCAUGAGGACUGCCCGUCCUCUCUCCUCUCUGCCCGUCCGUCCUCUCUCCUCCUGUGGGUUUGAGUACCGUGUCCUCUCCAGCUGCCCCACCUGAAUGCCUGAGCUGCCACCUGUGUAUCUGUGUGUACCUGAGGGCCUGCAGGCCACCCCGCUGGAUACGCAAGGAAGAGUCUCACCAUCUGCCCGCUGAACAGCUGGAGGACCUGGCUCUUUGCCUGGCCCAGCCUUCCCAUCUGUCAGGGACAUGUCUGAAUGUGCUGGGUUGAACCCUCCCUUCCCCUGAGCCACCGGGUCCCUUGCAGCCAGCUCUCUGGUGACAGCCCCGCAGUCACGAGGGCCUGAGCACUGCUGUGUUUACUUGUGCCUUCCCCCACCCUGUCCAGGUUCCCUGUGUGCAGGUGGGUUGCUGUCCACAGGCCUUAGUGGCUGUUGCUACCUGUACACAGGGGCUGGUCCUGGGGCUGCAGAAACAGAUUGAGCACUUAGGCCCUCAAAGCAGGAGAGACUCUUAUUGGGGCCAGAGUGUGGGUCCCUGAACUUGCCCUGUGUGUUGACACUGAUGGCAUCUUCCUUGACUGAGGAUAGAAGGUUUGGGAAGUCGUGCCAGACCUGCCCAGCACUCAGCUCUUCAGCUCGGGUGCAGGUUCCUGACUCUUCGGAGUUUCCAAGAAGCACCCAGAAGACCUAUGGGAAGGAAGAAGGUUGUCAGAUAAUGAUUGUCUUCCUAAUAUGCAAGUUCUCACUUCCUGCUUCCAGCAUUGGCUGCCUUGGCCUUGGUUUCUGUUCCUGGAUAAGGGGAAGUUGCAUGCUGUCUCCUGGACUUCGUCCUAGGUAGCUCUGGCUUCCUUGCAGCCCACAGAACCCCAAGAUUUGCUGAGAUGCCAACAAAAGCUCAUCUGGGUUUUGGCAGUCUGGGCAAGUUGCCCAUUUCUAGGUUUGUGGUGAUGGAGGAGAGGUUGAGAGGUACAGACCAAGUCCCCCGUGGCUGCAGGCAGCUCCGGCCAGGUCCCGAGGAUCCUCCUCACCACAGUCACGUGCCUUAGUAACUCUGCCCAGGAAGUGGCCUGCUGAGCCGCUUCUCCUGCUCUGCUCUCUUCUCCACGCUCUUCCACAUAGCAUUGCUGACAAGCCACUCUCUAUCUGUCCUGCAGGCCUGAGAAAGGAUUCCCAGCACCCCUGGCUUUACCAGCUAAUGUGGGUCGGCGGGUACCCAGAAGCCUGAGAAGUAGGCCUCGGGAGUGGGAAGGUGCUGGCAUUGAAGGGGUGGGUGCUCCAGUCAUUGUGCUGGGCCUCCCAUGGCACUGAAUACCUGGGUAGCUAAGCCCCACCAGGUUUCUGCCAUCUUCAGAAGACAUAUGUGGCAUUAGAUUCUCGCUCGCUCACUCGCUCCCUCCCUCCCUCCCCCCUUCCCCCUCCCUCUCCCUCCCUCUCUCCUUCCCUCUUCCUCCCUCUCCCUCUUCCUCCCUCUCCCUCUCUCUCCCUCCCUCUCUCUUUUUCUCAAGCCUCAAGGCUGGGAAACAUCAGAGCCAAUCCUGGACUGCACCUGUGAUGUUUCUCCCUGAGCCUCUCUGGGGUGGUAAAGAUAAUAAAAAGCCCAGUGUAUUUAUAGUCCUGACCUAACGGGUUAGUUCCAGGCGUCAGUGGCCUCAGAUGGGGAAUGCCGUCCCCUAGCCCACCACUGCCCACUGCCUCCACUUACAAUGCACUUUAGUCCCUGGCAUGCCUGCCUUCCUGCCACCCUCAUCUCCUUUCCUCUCAGGGUAAGGGCAGUGCCUGCUGUCCCUGCUGGCCACUCUCACACCCCCACCCAGAGGGCCAGUCUGUUGUGCCCAGCGUCCAGUGUGGUUGGCUAGGACUGGACUGGAGAAGGUGCUAGAACUAGAAGACUGAAGCCCAGAGGAGACAGUGCUCACCUCUUAGCAGCUGCUGUCAACAGCCACUGUGGCUCUCCGUCACCCUCAGUGGGGCCCACCCUCCUCCAGAGAAACGUGGGGCAGAGGGGUGGGAGUCCUCCGAAUGGACCUUCCUCUUCUGCUUGCUGCUUUUCUAAAAAUCUGAAUUCUGCUCUAGGAGUUUUUAAAAGAAAAAUGGAAGAUCCUUCCCUUUUCUGUAUCUUUACUCUGGGUUUUUGCCUCUUAACAGAUUGCACUUUUUGUUUUGGAUUUAUUUAGAUACAUGGUAACUGGCUUGGCCCUUGGGUAAAAGAACCUCCCGGUGCCUCCUUCCCUCUCCCCAUCCAUUAACCUGCUCUCUGGGGAUCACAAGCCAGGCUCAUCUAACUGGAGGAUGAGGCCAUGUUCCCAUCCUCUAGUCACUGGUUUCGAGAAAGUCUGCUCUUGGAGUUUCCCAUCUACUGCUGCUGGCAUCUGCGACUUCUUCCUCUGUUGUUCUCUUUCUUCUAAAGCAAUUUCUUAACCGUCAGCCAUGUGCUGGUGGUUUUGGGGGCAUCUGGACUUUGUCCCUGACAGAGGGACUGGGGGACUUAAUUGCCUUGAGGUGGAGCCUGGCUAGAAACAGGGUCAGUGGCAGGUGCCAGGCUGUUGGGCAGGAAGGAACUUGGAGCAAGUGGGAAGAAGCCAGGCAGCCUGCUUUGCUGGGCUCACCUCCAGGGACAUCCUGCAGACUUGUCCAAAAGGCAGUCGGCACCAAAGGACUUCUACACAGAGGUGUUUUUUGUUUUUGUUUUUUUACUUUGUUUUUUGGUUUGGGAGAUGUUUUUGCUUUUUCAUACUUGUGCCGACUCAAUGCAGGUUUUAUAUCCUGGUGACUUGCUGUCACAGUCUUAUCAAUUUCCAAGGGCCAGAAUGGUGAAAUAAAUAAAUAAAUA